UCUUGUAACAGAUAGAUCGUAUCAGGAAUGCAUAUUCAGUGUGGAUUAUCCUCUCGUUCCAUCACCAUAUGAUUUUUCCGUAAAAUUCGGAAGCAAAAAUAAGAUCAAUAAUUCACAAAAAAAAAAAAAACCAAAAACUCACCCCUCUCCUUCUCCUUCUCCUUCUCCUCCUUCUCCCAAUUCCACGAGAAUCAGAAACCCUAACCGGUCUGUGGGACUCGAAGAAGAAGAAGAAGAAGAUGAAGGGUCUCUUCAAGCCCAAGCCACGCACUCCUGUUGAAAUCGUGCGCCAGACCAGAGAUCUUCUCCUCUUCUUCGAUCGUCCUCCCGAAACCCGCGAAACCAAGCGCGAAGAAAAGCAAAUGUCCGAGCUGUGUAAAAAUAUCAGGGAGCUAAAGUCAAUCCUUUAUGGAAAUAGUGAAUCUGAACCAGUUUCAGAAGCUUGUGCACAAUUGACUCAGGAAUUCUUCCAAGAGAACGUGCUCCCACUGCUUAUCAAAUUUCUUCCAAAAUUGAAUUUGGAGGCCAGAAAAGAUGCCACUCAAGUGGUUGCAAAUUUACAAAGGCAACCGGUUCAGUCUAAGUUGAUUGCAUCUGAUUUCCUGGAGAAAAAUAUAGAUCUUUUGGAUAUUUUGAUACUUGGCUAUGAAAACACAGAUAUGGCUUUACACUACGGCGCAAUGCUGAGGGAGUGCAUAAGACACCAGAUUGUUGCACAAUAUGUUCUGAACUCACCUCAUAUGAAGAAGUUUUUCGACUAUAUUCAACUUCCUAAUUUCGACAUAGCUGCAGAUGCUGCAGCAACUUUUAAGGAACUCUUGACAAGACAUAAAUCCACUGUAGCUGCAUUCCUUUCUACUAAUUAUGAAUGGUUUUUUGCAGAAUAUAACUCUAAGCUGUUGGAGUCUACCAAUUAUAUUACCAGGCGCCAAGCUGUCAAGUUGUUGGGAGAUAUGUUACUUGAUCGUUCAAAUUCAGCUGUAAUGACUCGAUAUGUGAGCUCAAGAGACAACAUGAGGAUUUUGAUGAAUCUUCUACGAGAGUCCAGCAAGAGCAUACAGCUAGAAGCAUUUCAUGUUUUCAAGCUAUUUGCUGCUAACCAAAAUAAACCAGCUGAUAUUGUGGGCAUACUCGUUGCAAACAAAAGCAAGAUUCUGAGACUUUUGGACGAUUUCAAAAUCGAUAAAGAGGAUGAACAGUUUGAAGCUGAUAAAGCUCAAGUGAUGGAGGAAAUUGCUGCUCUUGAACUUAGGGAAUAACCUGUCUGAGCUGCAAGUGCAGAGUUGCAAUGUGGCAUUUCACUUUAGUGAACUGUGUAUUGUAGUAGUUCUGUUAGUCUUCUUCAUCAAGAUGAGACUAUUACUUCAUACAGAUUUGGAUGCUUUUAUUCUGUAAUUUUAUAACCUUCCUGUAAAAUAUUAGAUAAAUAAAUUGCUUACACGCGGUCCAUGGUUUUCCAGGUAUUAGAAAGCAAUAAAGCAUUCCUUUCUGCCA